AUGCCUAGCAUUGCUACUACAAUCGCAUCGAUAAAUGGUAAAUCAAGAUCAGGAAUCACAAUUCCUAUUCCCGAAGAUAACGCGGAGGCUGGGAAACUCUCAUCGGAGCAGAAUCUAGACAAAAAAGAUGCUGAAACGGUGGAUGAAUGGCCAGAAGACUGCAAUACUAUUAAACCCGAGAUCAGGCUUGAUGGCACUGCUGCCGAUGAUGAGGAAGUAACGACUGCAAUUCUCGAGAGUUCGAGAAACACAAAGCAUCGAGAAGAUGUGAGUGGCAGUGAUAAGACCGCGAGUAGGAACGAUUUCACGCCCGAUGAGAUCUUCUCGAAAAUACCAACAUGGGUUAGGCCCUCAACAAGUACUUUUAUGUCGUGCCCUUCUUCUCACGACCAUAACCAAAAAGAUGGCCUGGGGAGUUCUCCGAGUACAGGAAGCGCAACUCCAGAACUCACAAAGAGUAACUCUACUAGAUUUUAUUCCCCGUUGGAGGCAACAAGUGCAAACAGCACGGGGGUCAGUACUCCUGCUUUUGUUUGUCCCCCAACGCCCGGUUAUGAGUUUCGGCCGUCCAUUGAUAAUACUUCGUCCUUCUAUCCAUCUCCUGGAACCUCGCGUUGCGUAUCUUUAGUUGAAUCCGAGAGACGCACUCCAGAAUCAUCAGCAUUGUCUGCGGAUGCUGAUGCCCACAGACUAAACCGGACUCCUCGACCUUCCGACAUGAUAAUAGAUUCGCCUGGAGGUUCGCUAUUUAAGUUUCCAUCGGUGAGCCGUAGUAUGAAUAAGUCGCCAGAGCCUAUUACAAAUGAGGCUGCUUUUACUAGAGGCAGCUCGCUUGCACACUUAAAAAAAGCACAGAAGAGGGACCGUGAUCUCCAGCGGGCACCUGGAACAAGCACUGAAAGGUCUCAGGAUGUCGUUCUCAACCAACAUGGCGAGGUAUGCGAAGACAUUUACUUGGAGGACCGUGUCAAAUCAAUGCUUGAGACUCCUGGGAGCCUGCCAAAUGCCCCAAUAGAUAAGGCUAGUUGGUACUAUGAUAAUCUCGCGACACCUGCUCCGAAGAAGAAAGAAAAAACUACUACAUGGGUCAGGUCAACUACUCGUGUAAGCAGUUUAACGAUGCGGCAAGACAAAGUGAAGGACCCGAGAAUCUGGGGCUCGCCUCACGGUAGGAGCUCCACCGGUUCAAAAAGAAAUAUUUUUAGUAACUACGGCAAAACCGAGAAAAAAUUUUCUUUAAAGAAUAGUAUCUCUCUUGGUGAAAGAAUGUGGGAACGUUCUAGUAUCCGGGAUAAAACCCAAGAAAAACUACGAAAAGCUACAGGUUCCGAGGUUUUGUCUAAUCUCACGUCUGAUAUUGAAACUCUUGACGAAACCGAAGCGAGGAAUUCCCGCUUAAAGUAUAGGAGAUCAAGAGCCAUGAUUCGCUCUAGGAGUAUGACACUUAGGAGGACAUUUACAAAUAGCAUCGCAAAGCUUAGAGGAAAAGUGAGUUUUAAUGAGAGUUCAAGAGGGACAAUCAUGCCUCCUUCACCUAGGGGCAAGCAAGCAAACAAAGAUGGUUUUUAUCAAGGGCAUUGUAACGAAAAAAAUUUAUUUACUCAAAGCCCUGAGACACUUGGUGGAAGGAAUAAGUUCGGUAUUUCUGGAUCGGAUGUGUCUAGCAUCAUAUUUCGACCAUCCCUACCCAAAGAGAUGUUAGAACAUCAGAGCAGUACAGAGCUUAUCAAAAAUAUAUCCCCUAGAGAUGAAGAUAUUGUUACAAAAAAUGAAAUCGCGGAGCCUUUGAUUGAGGAAUCAAAUAGUAGGCCUAGGCCAUGGAGUACCCUAUACGAUGAUUGUGUGACCUUGCCGUUUGGUGGUGAUGAUAUAGGGGAGGGAAGUGAAGAUGCUGAGAGCGAUAGUGAUGUUGAUACACAAUCAAGUGGGCCUUUCAGAGUUGGCGAUAGGAAUACGGAGGAAAUCUGGCGUGAUGCAAGAGAAUCUUUGGAGAUCACAGCUUGA